AUGCUGUCCUCGAAGGCGACGACCAGGCAGGCCGUUACCCUCUCACGGACCGCCGUGAGAGGCCUGGCGACCGUGCAGGAUGGCACCCCCAAGCGAAUCUAUGGUGGUCUGCGAGACCAGGACCGCAUUUUCCAGAACCUGUAUGGACGAUACCCAGCCGACCUCAAGAGCGCGAAGCGAAUGGGAGACUGGCACAAGACCAAGGAGAUCCUGGACAAGGGACACGACUGGAUCAUCAGCGAGGUCAAGGCGUCUGGUCUGCGCGGUCGCGGUGGUGCUGGUUUCCCUUCUGGACUGAAAUGGUCAUUCAUGAACUUCAAGGACUGGGACAAGGACGACAAGCCACGAUACCUCGUCGUCAACGCCGAUGAGGGCGAGCCCGGCACAUGCAAGGACCGCGAAAUCAUGCGCAAGGACCCUCAUAAACUCAUCGAGGGCUGCCUCGUCGCUGGCCGUGCCAUGAACGCCACCGCCGCCUACAUCUACAUUCGUGGCGAGUUCAUCCACGAGGCUGCUGUCCUCCAGCGUGCUAUCAACGAAGCCUACCAGGACGGCCUGAUUGGCAAGAACGCCUGCAACUCUGGCUACGACUUUGACGUGUUCGUCCACCGCGGUGCUGGUGCCUACGUCUGUGGCGAGGAGACCUCGUUGAUCGAGUCCCUCGAGGGCAAGCCCGGCAAGCCCCGUCUCAAGCCCCCCUUCCCUGCUGCCGUCGGUGUUUUCGGGUGCCCCUCCACCGUGGCCAACGUCGAGACCAUUGCCGUCGCGCCCACCAUCUGCCGCCGUGGCGGUGACUGGUUCGCGGGCUUUGGCCGUGAGCGCAACCAGGGUACCAAGCUCUUCUGUAUUUCCGGCAACGUCAACAACCCGUGCACCGUGGAGGAGGAGAUGUCCAUCCCGCUACGGGAGCUCAUCGACAAGCACUGCGGCGGUGUCAAGGGUGGGUGGGACAACCUCCUGGCUGUCAUUCCUGGAGGCUCAUCGACACCUAUCCUCCCCAAGAGCGUGUGCGACGACCAGCUCAUGGACUUUGAUGCGCUCAAGGACAGCCAGAGUGGUCUUGGUACCGCCGCUGUCAUCGUCAUGGACAAGAGCGCCGACGUCGUCCGUGGCAUCAGCCGUCUCAGCCACUUCUACCGUCACGAGAGUUGCGGACAGUGCACACCCUGCCGUGAGGGCAGCAAGUGGACUGAGCAGAUCAUGCAGCGUUUCGAGAGGGGCCAGGGCCGCGAGAGAGAGAUUGAUAUGCUCCAGGAGCUGACCAAGCAGGUUGAGGGUCACACAAUUUGCGCUUUGGGAGAGGCUUUCGCCUGGCCCAUUCAGGGUCUCAUCCGUCACUUCCGGCCCGAGCUGGAGGCCAGGAUGCAGGCGUACGCAGAGCAGCACGGCGGCCACCAGACACUGGCCGGUGGUUUGGAGCACGACGCGCGGGCGCAUGGAAAGCUGACUUCGCCCGGACAAUAG